AAGACGAAGAAGAAGAACGAGCAGUUUGCAACAUUGCAAGGAAGUGUCAACUGACGAUGUCAACCCCCUCACUCAGAAUGAAGAGGUUGCCGUCAAGGCCAGCGUCCUCUGGAGCCAGUGAUAAAAAGAUUAAACUCUCCCAAUCUAAAGUGCAGACACUGGUCGAGCAGGAGGUUUACGCUGCAGUGAAAAAGAAUGAAACCAAGCUGCAGGGUUUAAUAGAACAGCUGGAUCCUCCAGUCGACUAUGAAAGCAGCAUCCAAAAACUGGAGGCUCGGAUUAACACGGUAACCAAGAGAGCAGAAGCAGCUAUCGCCUACAUAACAAAGACACAGGAAAUGAGCCCACUGCCAUCUCUUUUUAAUGUCAAGUUCAUCAGUGCAGACUUUGAGGAUGAAAUCCAGGAAACCCGGUCACAGAGUAAGAGCCCAACGAGCCUGCCUGACAAAAAGAGCAUGGGCAACAGCAGAGAGCUCUUUAAAAUGAUGGAAACCACAAAUAAGGCACUAAAGAAGAUGCAUGCAGAUAAGGCAGCUUUGAAGGAUGCCAUAGCAGAUUUCAGUGAGGAACAGCCGCCUCCGGUUCUUACUCCCUAUGGCUCUCCUGAGUGUAAGGGACUUACCAGGUUCAUAAAGCAAGAACCUGACGAUGAGCACAUGAAGAAAGAGCCAGAAGAUAAGCAGGGGAAAAAGAACAGUGUUGAGUCCAAGCAGUGUGAGGAACCAAAGGCUAAGAGGAUAAAAGAAGAAUGUCUCUCUCCUCCUGGCAGCAGUAACUAUCCCAAGUACACAGACUUCGAGCAGGACCGGCCCUCGUAUCCUCCUCUUCCCGCCACCCCCUUCCCCUCCAUCCUGAGCAUGGAAGCGGCAUUAUACAACAUCCCCCAGAGACUAGUAGUACGUGUGGCUCUCAUCAGGCACCCCCCUGGCCUCUCUGUGCUCUGGAAUGUGGAGGAGGAAGACCCCUCUGCGCCGCCCAUGGAUAGUUAUAGCGUCUACAUGACUAUGGAAAAGGUCAAGGGUAGCAACGUCUUCCCAAAUUGGCGGACCGCUGGUGAGGUGAGGGCCAUCCCUCUGCCCACGUGUGUGUUGAUCACCAAGUACAAGCCCGGGCACAGGAUGUGUGUCGCUGUGGUGGGCAAAGACAAGUUUGGCCGGUACGGACCUUACAGUAAAGUUAUAACUGCAGUAGUACCUGAUACAUUGGGAGGAUAUGGAGUCAAGCUAGAGACAGCCCAAGCAGCAUUAGGAAGAUAGGGAUUUUUUUGGUUGUUUUUUAAGGGCAAUGUUACAAAAUGUUAUGUACACAGUUUUAAAUGUUUAGAAACAAAACCGAAAUGUGUUGAUACAUUGAAAAAUGUUACAUUUAAAUACAUUUUUAAUGAGCUUAUAAAGUUGACAAUGUUUAAACGUAUACUCUCCAAUUUUUUUUCAUUUUUUAAAGUAAAAGUCUCAAACAUUG